AUGAAAGGCAACCAGACGUGGAUCUCAGAGGUCACCCUGCUGGGAUUCCAGGUGGACCCAGCCCUGGAAUAUUUCCUCUUUGUGCUCUUCUCGCUGUUCUAUGCCUUCACUCUGCUGGGGAAUGGGACCAUCCUGGGGCUCAUCUGUCUGGACCCCAGACUACACACCCCCAUGUACUUCUUCCUCUCCCACCUGGCGGUUCUUGACAUGUCCUAUGCUACCAACAAUGUUCCCAAGAUGCUGGCAAACUUCCUUAGCAAGAAACAAACUAUUCUUUUCGCCCCAUGCAUAAUGCAGACUUUUCUGUAUCUGGCUUUUGCUGACACUGAAUGUCUGAUUUUGGUUGCCAUGUCCUACGACAGGUACGUGGCCAUCUGCCACCCGCUACGAUACACUGUCAUCAUGAGCUGGAGGGUGUGUACUGUCCUCACCAUCAUUUCCUGGGCAUUUAGCUUCCUCCUGGCCCUUGUCCAUACGGUCCUCCUUCUGCAGCUGCCCUUCUGUGGACCCCACGAGAUCAACCACUUCUUCUGUGAAAUCCUCUCUGUCCUCAGGCUGGCCUGUGCUGAUACCUCACUGAACCUUGUGGUCAUCUUUGCAUCCUGUGUGUUAGUCUUAGUGGGGCCCCUCUGCCUGGUGCUGGUCUCCUACACCCGCAUCCUCGUCGCCAUCCUGAGGAUCCAGUCUGGGGAGGGGCGCAGAAAGGCCUUCUCCACCUGCUCCUCCCACCUCUGCGUGGUGGGGCUCUUCUUUGGCAGUGCCAUCGUCAUGUACAUGGCCCCCAAGUCCAGCCACCCCGAGGAGCAGCAGAAGGUCCUUUCCCUGUUCUACAGCCUUUUCAACCCCAUGCUGAACCCCCUGAUCUACAGCCUGAGGAACGCAGAGGUGAAGGGCGCCCUCCGGAGAGCACUGCACAAGGAAAGAACAAUCAGAACACUUUUCAGUCUCCUUCAGAGAGAAUGUUCAGGAUGCUUUUUCCCCUUUAGGGAAAAGAUGAGUAAGUGA